AUGGAUGCGAAAUGGCCAAAACUCGAAGAGCAGGCACGCACUGUCGAGAGGACCAUAGCUUCCAAAUCCAGUAACAACGCUGCGCUGGAAGCCACCAUCAAAACCGCCGAACUGUACCUACAAGCGCUGCGUUUGACUGACAAGCCCUCUGAUCGAAAGAGGCUCGAUGCAAAGUGCAAAGAACUUCUAGGUCAAGCUGAAAGGCUCAAGGCUAGACAAGAUGCUCCGACAAGACAUCUUGCCGACAGGCAACAAAGUGAUGUCCUCAGCGCACCUAUUUCCACGCGCAAGCUUACAACAAGAGAAACCAUAAUCAUUCUCGAGGGUUCCAAACUUAACGGAUUCGUCUUCAAGCCAUGGACUAGUGCUCCUUCCACGGACGAGUUUGUCCUCCAACCUGGGCAACAGCCCUUCACAGACUCGACUUUUCUCUCUUUGUCAAGCACGCAGCUUGCAGUAUUUGAUGGAUGGAAACGACCACAGGAUGCUCUUGCUGCUAUUCAGCGUCAAGCGAAUGGCGAGCCAACGCAGGUUGAGGGCACGAUGCAUAUCCCAGAUUCCAUGGACCUAGUCCAAGACUUGACUUCUGAUUGUUCGGUUGUUGCUAGCUUAUGUGCUGGGAGCUCUCGAGCAGAACAUGGUCACCCAAAGAUACUUCGUUCGAUCGUGCAUCCAUAUGAUCACGAGAAUGACCGAAUUUUAUUCUCCCCCUCUGGGAAAUACGUUCUGAACAUGUACUUCAAUGGUUGUUCGAGGAGAGUUGAGAUUGAUGAUUUGUUGCCUACAUCGAAGACUUCGCGUGUACUUCACGUCAUUGAUCGUCGCCACCCGGGCUUACUAUGGCCAGCACUGGUGGAGAAAGCUUAUCUAAAGAUCCGAGGAGGUUAUGAUUUUCCUGGCAGUAACUCGGGCACUGAUCUUGCUGUUCUGACGGGAUGGAUACCUCAACAGGUAUUUCUGCAUGACGAAGACGUCGACCAAAACGGCUUGUGGGACGAGGUCCUCAGCAACUUCAGACUAGGCAAUGUACUGAUAACCAUUGGUACUGGCAAACUGCCACGCCGCGAGCAAAGACAUCUUGGCCUUGCAUCAGAACAUGACUAUGCGGUCUUAGAACUCUCGUCCGAAGGCAACAGAAGAGAGGUUCUUGUAAAGAACCCCUGGGCUGAUGGUGAUGUUUGGCGAGGGGCAGCAAGGCGGAGACCCAAUCGACAUGAUCAAGAGGAAUCUGAUGAGAAAUCAUCGGACGACAAGAUGAUGCCAGGCACCUUUUGGAUAGACUUCAACCAUGUUUUCCAGUAUUUCGAGAACAUGUACAUCAACUGGAACCCUGGACUGUUCCUUCAUCGGCAGGAUAUGCACGUUUCAUGGCAACAGCCGCAGACAGCCUCGGCUGGAAAUAUACUCGUGGAUAAUCCACAAUUUGCUGUUCAGUCCUCCGAGGCUGGAGAAGUCUGGUUGUUGCUGAACCGGCACUUUCGGACUGGAGACUACACGCAGUCGACCGUUGGCAAGAAUGGCCAUAUCAGCAUCUACCUCUAUCAACGCAACGGUAACGGUGUCGUUGUCAGCGAUGGUGCCAAGGUGCGCGGACCAUUCAUCGACUCUCCCAACACGUUAUUGAGGUUCCAGGCCGUGGCGCAGACGGCCUACACUGCAGUGGUGGUAUCGCAAGACCUGCCUGCAGGGAAGAUGAACUUCACCAUUUCGGCGUUCUCCAAGUGCUCCAUCAUGUUAUCGGAAGCUCGACUUCAGUAUCCGCAAAAGUAUACUGUGAAGUCAGGAUGGACCAGAUCCAAUGCUGGCGGCAACUCGGAGUCCUCUAACUACCUGGCCAACCCGCAAUUUCGUCUACGACUCGGCAGUAAACAGAAAUCGGCGUUGAUAUUGUGUGUCGGUGAGGGAGUCAAGAACAACUCGCCGGACAUUCACGUCAAGAUUUUGAUAGUGUACAGCGAUGGCUCAAGGAUCACCCGUUUGCGACCGAGAGACGUCCUUGCACACUCUGGAGAUUACCGGCGAGGGAAUGCUGUCCUUGAGACAGAACUCGAAGCAGGGUCAUACACGCUCAUCUGCUCGACAUAUGAUCGCGGCCAGUAUGCUGACUUUACUCUCGAUCUGUACUCGUCUUCAGAUGACUCUUGGGCACCCCUCGUCCAGCUCCCCGCAGAUGGCAGCGGACGGCUCAGCAUUCGGAGCACCCCAGCGGUAUUCGACGGAGGCACAAAUCGGGUGCUUGCCCCACUUUCUGUGCUGAGAAUGACCAGAGUGACAUUCGUGGCGCGUUAUCACGGCGCAGCAGUGGACCGAGGCUCGCUGUUCAAGUUGACGCUGGAACAAGGCCAAGGCCCGUACAAGCAGGUCCUGGCGAGCAGCGAAUUCGACAAUGAGGAGUUUACCAGCGUGGCUUCAGGACUGCGUAUUGGUGAUCUGGACUUGCAGCCAUCCAUGUGCGGAUCUGGCACCGGGGGACUGUGGCUGGUCAUGGAACGCCUGGCUCAGGGACAUAGUAGUCAAGCUAGUCCGAGCGACGAGGUUUUGGGCGUCGAGAUGUUUACAGAAGAAAGAGUCGAGCUGGGCCCAUGGGGAUUAGGCGAAGGCUGA